GGGAAGAACUACAAACAUUCUCUCCAACAUCAAAGUUAUACCAUUUUCCCGUUCCUUCCGUGCGUUUGAGUCAUGUGAGGGCGCCUGUAAUGUCCACAGAGCAGGAUAAAGAUUCAUUCUCUCUAAAACGAAACCGAGGAGGUGACGGGGGGCUGGAUAUUUUAGGCGGUCCUGGGCUGCUGCUGGGAAGCCCAGAGAAAAAGAGACGCAGGUCGAGCACACAGGCGCCGUCCUUCUCUCCUCUGUCUGAAUAUGCGCCGCCUCCAAACCCGAGCGCGGAUCACCUAAUAGCCUCCAAUCCUUUCGAUGACGAUUACAACUCGCCGUCCCUGAAGGCGCUUCCUCCUGCAAACCCUUAUUUCGUCCACUCACAUUACCCAGGGUUUAGCGGCUAUGGGUCGCCAAGGAUGUCAUCCAGGAUGCCUUCUCCAUUCGGGGCUCCCUACCAGAUGCGAAACCAGCCUCAUGCUUUUUCCCAGAAUCCCAUGGGAUACAACCGGGCACCGGGAUUUAACUUCGGCCACCCGGAAAACCCAAAUUACGGGCAGCCGUUUAGCGGCGGCGGCAAUAACGUCAUGCACUUCAGACCGAAUCCAGGAGAGCACGUCAGUCUUCAAAAUCUGAGCCAAAGCGCUAGUCCAGGAGGUCGGGUUUUCGGUCCAGAGGGAAACCCAGCCCGGGAUUUGAGCCCGAAUUUUUCUCAGCAGCAGAAUAACUUCAUGCGGUCCAUUACGCCAACGUCUAAACAGGACCCGAGCGAAGCUGUGAACAAACCCGCCAUGCAGAACCAUAACUGUGAAGAAGAGAAGACUCAGGACAGCGCGCCAGAGCUGAAGACAAAGACGGGAGCGGAGAAACUCAACGGCGUCCUUCACGCCAACAACGAAGCCUUGAAGAAGUCGCCGGGACCGGGCGGCAGUAACGGCGCUUUGAGCAAUAAUAAAGUUGUGAACAGAAGGAGCACGUCCUCCUCGUCCGAGCCGGUCUACCCAUGCGGCAUAUGCCUGAGCGAAGUGAACGAUGACCAAGAGGCCAUUCUGUGCGAGGCCUUGUGUCAGAAAUGGUUCCACAGAGUUUGCACUGGGAUGACCGAGACGGCGUACAAUCUGUUGACGGCCGAGACGUCUGCGGUUUGGGGUUGCGAUGCUUGCAUGGAGGACAAAGGAGCGCAGCUGCUCAAAACACGAGAGGCGUCGGGGACGAUCAUGAGCGCGACUGACAGUGAGAGCCACUGAUGUCAGAGUCCCUGCUUCGAUUGAGUUCCAAAGCUUUACUGGCUCCUCUUGUUUCGACUCGCCAAGAAUGCUUUUAUCGUGUUGAAAAUUUAUGUUUUUUGUUUUUUUCACCGAAUCAGAGAAAGUCUUAGGGGUUUGCGACAUCAUGAGGGUGAGUCAGUGAUUAGAAAUCAUUUUUUGAAUGCACACUACUUUUGAGAAGUUUGGAGUCGGUAAGAUUUUUUUUAAAUUUUUUAAGUCUGUUCUGCUCACAAAGGCUGCAUUUAUUUGAUCAAAAACACAGUAAAAACGGUGAAAUAUUAUUGUGAUUUAAAAUAACUGU